UUCACCAUCCCUGAGCUGGUUCAUGCCUCUCCCUGCCGCAGCUCUGAUGGGGUCUUCUACACAGGCCGGAAGCAGGAUGCCUGGUUUGUGGUGGACCCUGAGUCAGGGGAGACCCAGAUGACACUGACCACAGCGGGUUCCUCCACCCCCCGCCUCUACAUCGGCCGAACACAGUAUACGGUCACCAUGCAUGACCCAAGAGCCCCAGCCCUGCGCUGGAACACCACCUACCGCCGCUACUCAGCGCCCCCCAUGGAUGGCUCACCCGGGAAAUACAUGAGCCACCUGGCGUCCUGUGGGAUGGGCCUGCUGCUCACUGUGGACCCAGAAAGUGGGGCAGUGCUGUGGACACAAGACCUGGGCGUGCCUGUGAUGGGCGUCUACACCUGGCACCAGGACGGCCUGCGCCAGCUGCCGCAUCUCACCCUGGCUCGAGACACUCUGCAUUUCCUCGCCCUCCGCUGGGGCCACAUCCGACUGCCUGCCUCAGGCCCCCAGGACACAGCCACCCUCUUCUCUGCCUUGGAUACCCAGCUGCUGAUGACGCUGUAUGUGGGGAAGGAUGAAACUGGCUUCUAUGUCUCUAAAGCACUGGUCCACACAGGAGUGGCCCUGGUGCCUCGUGGACUGACCCUGGCCCCCACAGAUGGCCCCACCACAGAUGAGGUGACACUCCAAGUCUCAGGAGAGCGAGAGGGCUCACCCAGCACUGCUGUUAGAUACCCCUCAGGCAGUGUGGCCCUCCCAAGCCAGUGGCUGCUCAUUGGACACCACGAGCUACCCCCAGUCCUGCACACCACCAUGCUGAGGGUCCAUCCCACCCCGGGGAGUGGAACUGCAGAGACAAGACCCCCAGAGAACACCCAGGCCCCAGCCUUCUUCUUGGAGCAGCAGCCACAGGUGGUGGAGAAGCAGCAGGAGACCCCCCUGGUACCUGCAGAUUCUGCUGACAUCUCCCAGGAUGCCCAGUCCCUGCACUCGGGGGUCACCCUGAGGAGCCAGAAGAGGCUUCAAAGUCCCUCGAAGCAAGCCCGGCCACUCGACGACCCUGAAGCUGAGCAACUCACCGUAGUGGGGAAGAUUUCCUUCAAUCCCAAGGACGUGCUGGGCCGCGGGGCAGGCGGGACUUUCGUUUUCCGGGGACAGUUUGAGGGACGAGCAGUGGCUGUCAAGCGGCUCCUCCGCGAGUGCUUUGGCCUGGUUCGGCGGGAAGUUCAACUGCUGCAGGAGUCUGACAGGCACCCCAAUGUGCUCCGCUACUUCUGCACCGAGCGGGGACCCCAGUUCCACUACAUUGCCCUGGAGCUCUGCCGGGCCUCCUUGCAGGAGUACGUAGAAAACCCGGACCUGGAUCGCGGGGGCCUGGAGCCCGAGGUGGUGCUGCAGCAGCUGAUGUCUGGCCUGGCCCACCUGCAUUCUUUACACAUAGUGCACCGGGACCUGAAGCCAGGCAAUAUUCUCAUCACCCGGCCUGACAGCCAGGGCCUGGGCAGGGUGGUGCUUUCAGACUUCGGCCUCUGCAAGAAGCUGCCUGCUGGCCGCUGUAGCUUCAGCCUCCACUCCGGCAUCCCCGGCACGGAAGGCUGGAUGGCGCCCGAGCUCCUGCAGCUCCUGCCACCAGACAGUCCUACCAGCGCUGUGGACAUCUUCUCUGCAGGCUGCGUGUUCUACUACGUGCUUUCUGGUGGCAGCCACCCCUUUGGAGACAGUCUUUAUCGCCAGGCAAACAUCCUCACAGGGGUUCCCUGUCUGGCUCACCUGGAGGAAGAGGUCCAUGACAAGGUGGUUGCCCGGGACCUGGUUGCAGCCAUGUUGAGCCUGCUGCCACAGGCACGCCCCUCUGCCCCCCAGGUGCUGGCCCACCCCUUCUUUUGGAGCAGAGCCAAGCAACUCCAGUUCUUCCAGGAUGUCAGUGACUGGCUGGAGAAGGAGUCUGAGCAGGAGCCCCUGAUGAGGGCACUGGAGGCAGGAGGCUGCGCGGUGGUCCGGGACAACUGGCACGAGCACAUCUCCAUGCCACUGCAGACAGACCUGAGAAAGUUCCGGUCCUAUAAGGGGACAUCAGUGCGAGACCUGCUCCGUGCUGUGAGGAACAAGAAGCACCACUACAGGGAGCUCCCAGUUGAGGUGCGACAGGCACUUGGCCAAGUCCCUGACGGCUUCAUCCAGUACUUCACAAACCGCUUCCCACAGCUGCUCCUCCACACGCACCGAGUCAUGAGGAGUUGUGCCUCUGAGAGCCUCUUCCUGCCCUACUACCCACCAGACUCAGAGGCCAGGGGGUCGUGCCCUGGGGCUGCAGGGAGGUGAGGUGGGCCGGAGGCCACACAAAUGGUCUCCAUGCUGGCUAGCUGAAGAGCUGAGCCUGUGGCUGGCCUCAGAAUCAGAAUCAGAAAAGACUGCCAGGCUGGGUGCAGUGGCUCACACCUAUACCAGCAUUUUGGGAGGCUGAGGUGAGAGGAUCACUUGAGCUCAGGAAUUCCAGACCAGCCUGGCCAACAUGGCAAGACCCCACCUCUACAAAACAUUUGAAAAAUUAGCCAGGCAUGGUGGCGCACGCCUGUAGUCCCAGCUGCUUGGGAGGCUAAGGUGGGAGAAUCGCUUGAGCCCAGGAGUUCCAGGCUGCAGAGAGCCAGGAUCAUGCCACUGCACUCCAGUCUGGUCCACAGACACUGUCACCCCCUACCCCCCACAAGACUGGCAGAGGCUGGGCAGCCUGGGGCUGACGAAGCAGAGAUGUUCCCUGGAUCCCAGGCCCUGGCACCCCUCAGGAAAUACAAGAAAAAGAAGAUUCACAUCUGUUUAAUGUGUAUAAAGCCAAGGAAAGGACAGUUCCGAACUCAAUAGAAA